UUUUCUUGCUUUUUGCAACCGCGGGACCGCGUUUCUGCGCUUCAGAUUGCGUUUCUCCGACUCCUUUGUUUGAUAUCGUGUCGUAUCGUCGUAUUUAUGUAGUUAUUAGGAACGGCAAGGCCUACGUUGUUGCGUCCUUUACCUGAAUAUCGUGACCGAAUCGAGUGUCGUCGAUUUGAAUCGUGUCUUGCGAACCAUCGUCGAACAAAAGGUGAUGGCUGGUCGUGGUUCAUCAGCGUUUGUUUUGAAACUGAUGGGUACCACAAGGCAUGAAGGAGGUGACUUGCAGCAGCAAGGCACUGCAAGCCUUCGCAGCAACUGGCUAGCCAGUGCUGCUCUGUUCUGAACUGCACUGCGUGUCAUGCGGAGGUUUUGUGCAAGCUCUCUGGGCGGCGACGCUAGCCACGAUUGGCUUCGUGGAUGCACAGAAAUACUCAAGGCGCUUGACGUCUGUGGCUCAUCUGUAUUGUUUUUCCCGGUACCACGGCAUGAAGGAGCUGGCCUCCCUCCCUUCCAUCAGCUGCGAGAUACUACAAGCACUGGGCUACAGCUGCAGCUAGCCCAUGGGUACCGUUCUGCGUCCUGUACUGCAUCUAGUUCGAAAGGCCAUGUGAAAGGCAGCGGCACAGCGUUUACAAACCGGACUUUGCCCUUCACCGAGGGGAAAGUCUACCGACUGGCCCUACAGUUGGUACCGGGGACCAUGACAUCAGUGAGCUGGCUUUCACCUUGUCCAAGGCAGCAGCGGAACACUACGGGCGGGACCCUGGAUCACUGCACCAUGGAUGCCGUCCUGUACCCUGCACGGCACUGCGUGUGGCUUAAGUGGCCAAGCAGAGGGUCAUUGCAUGACUUUUAUGAGGCGCCGCUAGCCAUUGUAAGUACAUUUUGGACACUCAUGUCUGGUGAUGUACUUUUGUGCUCUACCGCAGAGCACAUUUGGUGGCGGUUCAGUCUUGCCAAUUACACCAUUUUGAAACGGAACACAUUUAGUGGUGGCUCGGUUUAGGUUUCCUGGCUCGGUGAUCUUGCAACAGUGUCUAGACUUGGCGUAAACCUUUUUGUACUUCAUUGUCAAGGCUAGUGUAAUUUCUGCAAUGCCGUUGAAGCCACUUCUGCACGCAAACAAGAUAAAAGUCGAAGCCACAUGCUCGUGCACAGUGUAUGACUACAUGUAUGCAUGGGCACUCGUGCCCAUGCGUACCCACUCGCAACAUGGAGCAUGUUUGUUUCGGCCGACACUCCACGCGUUCAUUUCGGCGUCGCCACUCCACACGUCUAUGCACUCGCUGCACCUUGAGAAUCAAGUGUGCACCAGAAUGCACUCCCGUCAUGCAUCACUCGGGAGAGGAACAAGAGCAGACGACUGGGGUUUUUCCGCCAUAAGGAACGAGAACCGAAAAAAAGAGGAUUUUCUGCUAAGAAACUGCGUCCCACGGGCAGCAAAAUCGGACGCGAGCUGGGCUAUUUAUUCUGUGAAGCAAGCAAUCGACAACCUGUGCUUCAUUUUCAAGUUUUCUUUCAGCUUGUUGCCACACAGACAUUGAAAUACAUCAAUGGGAUAAAGUAAGGUUCAGAACCAACAUCAGCUACCGUGAGAUCUCUCACCAUCCUUGCGGGGUUGAAAAAUUGGGACUUCAGUUGACAAACCUCGCCCGCCCUCCUGUCCAUCAUCACCUGACCCCAUUCUGCAUAUGUGGGUAUGUGCAAGGGAGCGUGAUCAUGUGGCUGAAGAUACAAGUGUGACCGGCCCAACGAGCACAUAGUUUCCACAGCACUGUCGGCUUAGGGGUGCACGGAAGAUACUGUAUAAACUGGAAUAUAGGUCGACCCCUUAAUUUACAAGUUGCAAGAUGCAAAAGAAGUUUUUAUGGCAAGAAAACGCAACCUUACCUUGGUGACAAAAUUGUCCAAGUAUAUGAAAGGACGAGAAAACACGGCAGAUUUAUUUAAUUGUUUUGCACUCAAUAAAACAGGAAGUAUGCGAGUGUUACUACUCAGAUUCCUCAGAGCCUUCGUCCGACGACGAGUUCACUAACACAAUUUAAAGGGACGAUGCCGUCCCUUUGAAUUGCGCCCUCGAAAGCUCGGAGGCACGAGCAACCUCAACGCCUUUUAUAUGGAUGCUCUCCGACAUCACAGGUAUCGAUCUGGCGCACAGAUCCCGAAUAAAGUUUGCCGCCUUUGUUUCCAAUUCGGGGUACACUGCAGUCCUUCCACGAAAUUAAGUUUUCCUCGCCUUGCUGCACGCCGCCGGUUUUUGUCUCUGGUUUUGCCAGUAGCAUAUGCUUUUCUCCGAUACACUGAACUCUCGCUGCGCUGCAAGAUUCCGGUGGAUCUCUGCAUAGGCGAUUGCCUUGUUCUAAAAGGCUACUGUGAACUGUCUUCUACUUCCGCUCAUUAUUGCUGCGGUAGAUGUAACAAACCAAGGAGCACAAGUAAAAGUUAAU